UUUAGACCCCACUCUCUCCGUCUGCGGCCGCGGCGCUCCGUCCUGCAGUCUGAGGGAGGAGGCGGCAGCAUGACGGACAGCUCGGACGCGGCGGGCGUGACGGCCCUGCUGGAGCGCGUGGCGUCGCUGAUGGAGGGCGUGCAGGCCACGCAGCGCCGCAUGGAGGAGCGGCAGCUGGAGCUGGAGAGCACCGCCGACGCCAUCCGCACCGGCGUGCUCAAGCUGGCGACAGAGCAGGCGGCCGCCGCGGCCGGCUUGGAGAAACUCCUGGAGAAGACGCGAAAGGUCAGCCGGCACGUCAAGGACGUGCGCGUGCGUCUGGAGAACCAGAACCUGCGCGUCAAAAAGGUGGAGGCCACGCAGGGGGAUCUUCUGGCCAGGAACAAGUUCCGGGUGGUCAUCUACCAGGGCGACCGGGAAGUGAAAGAAGCGACGCCCGCUAAGGAGGAAGAGCCGGGGGCGAGCGCCCAGGAAGAGCCCCGCGGGGCGGCGCCCCCGCCGGAUUCGGACGACGACGAGUACAUGGUGGUGGAGGAGGCCGACUCGGCGGCGGCGCGUCAGAAGAAGACGGGCCUGACGCGCAUGGAGAGCCUGAAGGCCGCCUUCUCGCGGGAGAACGUGAGCAAGACCCGGGACAGCCUGGGUACCAAAGUCAACAAACUUGGCGAGCGCAUCGUGACGGCCGAGCGGCGCCAGAAGAUCCGACGGUCGGGCGAGCGGCUCAAGGAGACCUUGGCCAAGGGCGUGCUGAAGAAGGAGAGGACUGUGGCCGAGGGCCAGGAGGGAGUCGAGGGGGCCGCGCCCGUGCCGCCGCCCAAGGGCCGCCGCCGUGAAUCCGACCAGCCCGAGGCCCGGGGGACCGAGGUGCCCGUCUACGACAUGAAGCAGCUGUCGUAGCCCCGGCGGGUUCCGGCUCGCGUGACUCUCGGAUCGGGCGUCGACAUUGAAGUGGCACUUUUUGCACGUGAGGCGACUAAAUGUCGGGGCUUUGUGUCAAUAAAUUGCAGCUUGAAGCUAUCGCAGUUUUUUCGUUUCCUGUUAGCUAUGGGGGCUAGUGAAAAACCUGACACUUUUAUUUGUUAAACACCACGGUAUAUCAUCAUAUCGUACAGCGCUAAUGUACAGUACACAUUGUGAAAUGAGUUCAAAACAUAAAUACACUCUGGUUAUGCCCCUAAAACACUCUUAAAGUUGAUUAAAAAAAAUAUGAACUGAUUUCCUGUCAUUGACAAGGAUAUGUGUCCAAUUGAUUUAAACUGGUAGGACUGGCUCAUGAUUCAUUGGG